GGGUAUCGUAGCAAGCAAGGGAUUUUAUUUCCCCUGGAAAAGCUGAGAACUUUUGCACUCGCAAACACUCGCCAUGUUCGACGCGUACAGUGAGGCCUCGCAGAUGGCCGCAGCGUUCAAGGAGUGCGCGGACCACCUGCUUGUGGCCGAGUACCUGCCGCACAACGAUCGGGUGGCGUACCUCAAUCUGCGGACCCUGGAGCAGGAGAUCUACUGCGUCGAACUGAGCUUCGCCGGCUUCCGGAUCGUGGGCUACGACUUUGACUGCAUCCAGGACGGGGUCAGCAGCUGCGACCAGGUCUAUGUGUCCGCCCAUCGUCUGCUGGCCGCGAUCAGUCCGCUCUACGCGGAGGUGGCAGAGAGUCGCGGUCGCCCCACCACCCCCAGAAGUGACGGUGGCGGAGGGGGCGUGGCCCGCUAAAUUUCUGUCUGUUAAUUGCUGCCAAAAGUGAUAAUUAAACGUCUGUGCCCCAGCCACGGCUGCAGGCACAACUUUGGGGCAGGUAAAUGACUUGAUUGCAAUAAUAAAGCACCCAGCCUGGGCACCGAUUUGGA